ACGACAGAGGUACUUGAGAAAAGUUUGCUGAUCUCUGUGAAGAAGCUGUGAGCUGGUGGAUGAUCUGUGGGACAGGGUCCAGCGGCUGUAACGAGACGUGGGUGAGGGAGACUCACGGGUGUGUGCGGGUGUUGGAGGACGGAGCGGACUGGCAGACGGCGAGUAACCGGUGCAAGCAGGUCUCGGCGUCGCUGUGGCAACCACCCGCAAUGGAAGACGUUGCAGCGGUUCUCACCAGAUACCUGGCAGACUAUCCAGACAACAAAAAUGUGACUGUCAGGCUUGGAGGGACGGCUAAAUAUGAUAACUCCUGUCUCAUAGCGACACCAUUGCGCUCUACUUUCGUCAACAACAUGACCUUUUGUGACGGAAGUGACGUCUUCGUGGACAUCAUGUGACACAAAGCUACCUUUUGUCUGCCACAAAACUGUGCAAAACACUUCAGAGCUAUCUCCCCUUCGAUACGUCUACAUCAACUCCUCCGAGGGUACUCUUCGUCCUCGUCUGUCUGCCGAUGGCUAUAACUACACCAACGAUGAUGCCACGAAAUGGAUCUGCAGGCUCCACAGGGACACCGCCUGCUUUGCGCCUGAGAAGCGUGGAGCUGGAGGUGCAGAACGAGUGUCUGUACGACUGGCUCCUCCUGGCCAACACCACUCACCAGGGGAGGAUCUGUGGGCAACGGAACGACACUGUGGCCCUGACCCUCACAAACUUCGCAGAGGUAAGCUUCCGGUCUGACUACUCCAUCACCGGUCCUGCCUUCUGGCUGUCCUACCAAGCAGUCAACAUGUCCGUCUGCCAGAUGACCACCUUCACAAAAUCCAAACAGAACUUUACCAGCUUCAACUUCCCGCGUCCCUUCCCAGACGCCAUCGACUGCGUCAUUGAGAUCCACGUGACCAGCGGUCAUCGGGUCAAAAUGGGCUUCGACGAGGUUCACUUCAUCGACAGGGAGGAGCACUCCCUGCAGGUCAACCUAGGUCAAGGUUGGGUUACAGGAAUCGGUGACCCUGCCUCGGCUAAUGUUGUGAGGAGGCAGUUCGUGUCGUCUGACAAUGUCCUGCAGGUGAGGUUCAACCGCUCCGCUGUCUUGGAGACUGAAGGCUUCACAGGCUGGUACGAGGAAAUUCCACUGUCCACCAUCGGCGAUCCACUUCAUCUGACAUCAGCACCUGUGUGGCUUCGUGGAGAAGAUGUUGUGUCUGUCGUCAGCGUGAACUUUCCCCUACCUUACCCUGACAACGCUCAGCAGGAGGUCAUCGUCCGCGCGCCCAUCGGCAGUCGAGUUCACGUCAGCAUCCGUCACGUGAACCUCGAGGUCACCGACAGGCUGGAGAUCGACGAUGUUUCGCUCGGCGAAAGUGAACAAGCCGAGAGACUUCUUUCAGUGUACGGACAAGAACCAUCUGAGAAUGAAAUAGAAUCGAGAUUAAACAGAGUGAGGUUCCGCUUGACUGCAGGCAGUCGGACCAACAUGAAGAAAAAGCGAUCUGUUCAAAAUAAUGGAGCCUCGCCGCUGGGAUUCAACAUUUCCUUGAAAGCUCUUCCAGGUAAAUACGCCACCCGAUCAGAUAUGUUUGUAGGUUUUACAAAGCCUUUCAUUUUCUGA